CAGCGUGCGGCCGUUGAGCUCAGUAGGCGUUGCGUGCCUCAUAGUGCGUAGCUCCAGCAAAAGUAGUGAGAAGGGGAAUGUCGGCUUGUGAAUGAUCGGUUUCUGAGGCGGCUGGGAGCGUCAACGUUAUGGCUCAGCAAAAGAACCUGGAAGGAUAUGUUGGCUUUGCAAGCCUCCCAAACCAAGUGUACAGGAAGUCUGUGAAGAGGGGCUUUGAGUUCACCCUGAUGGUUGUUGGUGAGUCUGGGUUGGGCAAAUCUACGUUGAUCAACUCUCUGUUCCUGACAGACCUGUAUUCAGCAGAGUAUCCUGGACCCUCACAUCGAAUCAAGAAGACUGUACAGGUUGAACAGUCUAAAGUUUUAAUAAAGGAAGGAGGCGUCCAGCUGCUGCUCACAAUAGUCGACACCCCAGGGUUCGGAGAUGCUGUCGACAACAGCAACUGCUGGCAGCCAAUCAUCGACCACAUAGACAGCAAGUUUGAAGACUACCUGAACUCAGAAUCCCGCGUGAACAGACGACAAAUGCCUGACAGCCGGAUCCACUGCUGCCUGUAUUUCAUCGCCCCCUCGGGACACGGGCUGAAGCCCUUGGACAUUGAGUUCAUGAAACGGUUGCAUGAGAAAGUCAAUGUCAUCCCACUGAUCGCCAAAGCAGACACCCUCACCCCCGAGGAAUGCCAACAGUUCAAGAAACAGAUCAUGCGGGAAAUCCAAGAGCACAAAAUAAAGAUCUACGAGUUCCCAGAGACAGAUGACGAAGAGGAGAACAGGCUGGUCAAGAAGAUAAAGGACAAGUUGCCGCUGGCUGUAGUAGGAAGCAACACCAUCAUCGAGGUGAACGGGAAGAGGGUCAGAGGAAGGCAGUACCCUUGGGGCGUUGCAGAAGUGGAAAACAGUGAUCACUGCGACUUCACCAUCCUCAGGGAUAUGCUCAUCAGGACUCACAUGCAGGACCUGAAGGACGUGACGAACAACGUCCACUAUGAAAACUACCGCAGCAGGAAGCUGGCUGCUGUCACCUACAACGGAGUGGACAACAACAGGGCUAAAGGUCAACUGUCCACCAAACUUGACACAGUUGAAGGAAUGAGUCCUCUGGCCCAGAUGGAGGAAGAGAGGCGAGAGCACGUGACUAAGAUGAAGAAGAUGGAGAUCGAGAUGGAGCAAGUGUUCGAGAUGAAAGUUAAGGAAAAAGUGCAGAAGCUCAAAGACUCUGAAGCAGAGCUUCAGCGGCGUCAUGAGCAGAUGAAGAAGAACCUGGAGGCUCAGCACAAAGAGCUGGAGGAGAAGAGGCGCGUGUUUGAGGAGGAGAGAGCAAACUGGGAGGCCCAGCAGCGCCUGGAGCAGCAGAAACUGGAGGCCUCCAGGACUCUGGAGAAAAACAAAAAGAAAGGAAAGAUCUUUUAAAGACAGUCGGCAGGACCACCCCAACUCAAGUUUUUCUGUUUGCCAACGUUGCCAGUCAGGAUGCCAGUGUGUGGCACUGACAUCACCCACCUCCUCCUUCCCUUCUUCCCCUCUUUCCUCCCCUCCCCCUCCCCCUCUUCCUCUACCCCUCUCCUCUCCUCCCUGUCCCUGCUCUGUCUGCCAGCACAGCUGCGCUCCUUCUCCCUGCUACCAGAGGGAGCUCUGGAGCUUGUAAGUGAGGAGGUGGAGGGGUCUCCCGAUCAGAACUGCCACCACAGAGCCUCCUUGCUGCCUCGGGACUCAUUAUCAUGAAAGAAUGUGUUAAAUGUGCCGACAGACAUAAAUACCCCGUUUUAGAAAGGCCAAACCCACAUUAUUAUUUUAAUUAUUAUUAUUAUUAUUGAUGUUAUUAUUAUUAUUGUUGUUGUUAUAACUGAAUACUGUCCCCGCCCCGAUUUGCUGCUCUCUUCUUUUCCUCCCAAGGUUGCUUUUAAAUGACUGAUGUGUACAGUUUUAUGGAGAGUACUGCAGAUAAAAAAUUAACCCAUGAAUCAUGUGUGACUGUUGUACAAUCAAGUUCUGGUGAAUUGUAUUUGUUUACAGGAAAAAUGAAAGUAACAGUAUAUGAACUUUAACAUGCUCUUCUGUCGUGUAUUUAAGUAAGACGAGGACAAGGCAUUAACUAAUCCUUUUUGUUUUGUUUUGAGUGUAUCUGGUUAACCUUUAAUAACCCUCUUCUUAUGAGUGCGACAGCCUAAAAUGAAAAAGUGUCAACAGAAAAAAAAACCUGAACUCAAGAAAAACAUUAAAAAAGCACCUUGGGCCUUUUUAUAGAUUUUAAAAAAUGGCUAAAAAUUAUUUGUUUUCUGAAAUGUAACGCUUUCUUUUCUCCUCUGUGUUUAGCUUUUUCCACUAGCCUUGGACCACCAUUUAUAACGUCAUAAGUGUUAUAUUUCACUUUAGUUUAUUUUUCUAUAUACCGAGCCAGCUGAAGUUCUUUUGUAUGUUAAGAAACUCCUCAGAGACUUGAGAGCAGCGUCCACUGUUGAAAAGAGAAACACGUCUUUCACAUAUAACAGUGACCACAGACGCUUUAAAGAAAACACAAUGUUUCAAUCACUCUGCGGGAACCGAUCAGUGAGAAAUGAAGAGUCAACACCGCAAUUUGCUUGGCUAUGUACUCCAUCUCUGUAUUUUUAAUUUUAUUUUUCAUUUGUAUUGUACAAAGUCACUUAAUAAACCUGUGAUGAUA